CCUCUCCUCUCCAUCCUGCAACAACCUGGAGGAGAGAGCGCGCAACUACAACCAUCCCUCUGCCUCCUCCUCCUCCUCCUCCUCACAGCGUUGGUCGCCAUCCAUCCCCUCUCCUCCUGUACCAUAACAGAUGGUGGGAACAACAUAGCAUCCACCGGGCACCACAACAAUAGACCGCAGCAUCCAGUCCGGACACCCCUGGCCUCUCACCAUCAUGCUUCUCGUGCAGGACUGCGCUCGGCUUUGAGUGCCGUCGUGAUUCAUUUCACGCGGUACCAUCAACCACCAACACCACGGCCACGGAGGAACCUUCUUACGACUGUUUGGGCUCUCCAUCGAGCGGGGGAAGAUGGCCGCUAUGAAAAUAUUAACAGGCACAGGGCUCUUCUUGGCGUUCUGUGCGCUGGGGCUGCUCGCCAUGGCGAUUUGCACCGAUUAUUGGUACGAGACUGACGCGCGGAGGCAUCGGGAGAGGUGUAAAAACUAUGCCAACAAGCGCAACGACCCGGGUUACAUCUACAUUUCCAACCACAACCUGCCACUCCAGAUGCCUCCUAAGAGCCUGGAGAGGAAAGGUAACGGCCCAGAUGCUGUGGCUCUCAUCCGGGGGAAGCGGCACUUCCUGGCCGCAGCGUCCGCGAUGGAGUCUCACUGCAACCGGCAGUUUAACUCCACCAUCUCCGGGCUGUGGAGGAAGUGUCACCGGGAGGGCUUCGACCUGGAGACCGAGGACCUUAUAUAUAAAGGUAAACAGUCUGGCUGACGCCUUGUUGUGUGCAGCAGCAGCAGCAGGCCAUGAUGCUCAGCAUUAAGCUCACACACCUAGCCUGACAGAAACACACAGGCCCCUCACAGGUCUCUUAUUGGUCUGUGCUGAAAUCUCACUAGACAAAGAUGUCUAUUUUUCAAGCUUAUUUCUUCAAGGGUGGAUUUUUGCUGUCCUUUGUGCUGAAUCAACCUCCUCUCUCUGUGUCUGUGUGUGAUAAUGGCCGGUCUCCUUUUGCAUCUAGCUGUCUAAACAGCAUCUCUUCAAGGUUUCUGUCAUUGAGCUCAAGAGUCUCUGUGGUUUUACAUUUGGAAACACCAAAAAGACAGGCUUGAAUUACAAAGAGAAGCCAUUUUCCUGGCCUUACUCAUUUAUGCAUCACCUGGUCCACACCAAGGUCCAAAAACAGAGCACAUACACAAAGAGGGGAAACACCCAAAGCUCAAAAUGAUGGGUGUCAUUUGCUGUUUUACUAUUAUCUUUGUUUUUUGUUAUCAUGCCAGGAUAGAAGAAGAUGAGACUUCAUGAAUCAGUGCACCUAGAUCAGAGUGCUGUUGACUGUUUUCUAUGCCAAGUAUCCACUCUGGAGAUUGUCGACAACACUAUGUAGUGUCAGAAAUGAAGUUCUGAAUAAUGAAUGAUGCCAUUUUUGAAAUUCAACCCCUUAACUCUGCAAACCUACAACUAAUGUGGCGUUGAAAUAUAAUCCCCUGCAUGAAAUCAUAUCAAGGUCUCAGCCCAUCUGAUUAGUAUGUAGCCCAUACAUUGACAACAACAUGUAAACUCUGUUCAAAUCCAAAGUGACACCAGUGGUUUAUUAUUUGUUUCACUUUCAACUGCGCCUGACUUCCAGCUAUAAACACAUAAAUGCAAUUAUCCAACAGUUGUCGGUAUUAUAUCUGUGUUACAUUAAAAACAAGCCUUGCUUUGAGUGCUUAUGUUUUGCAUUUUCAUAACAUGUGGCUGCAUUAUGUCCACACCUUGUACUCAAGCCCUUAACAGACUUUUUAUAAAGGAUAGCAGGUCACAUGGCCAGAGUGUUUUUAAAAUUGCUCUUAAAGCGCUUGUGGCUGCUGCUGUCUUGUGUUUGUCCAUCAUAUCAGUCUGACAGAUGAUGCAGACAAGAAUUUAGGUCAAUUUCAAGCGUGAAAGUGUGUAUUUACUUUUGUAUUUUGCAGCCAUGGAGGUGGAAUAUGAGUAAGAACAUGAUGAGCCAAAUUAAUAUUCCUCUCUGACUCAAAAGUUUCUGUUUAUUUCUUCUGACAGACAUUUUUAGUGUAGUAGUCCCAGUAAAUUGAUAUCAUAUUUUCAUCCCUGAUAGUUUCAAAUCUUGUCAGAAAGAGCUUGAUUUGCAAAAUUGGAGUGCCAAAUGUACAGAUUUGACACUUAAAUAGACCCAGUUAAGCAGCAGAGUUGGUGUGAAAAAGCUGACGCCAGAGCUUUUCACGGUGCACACCCACUGAUACUCCAGCAGGUCGAUGGUGGUCAAGUCCAUAACUUUGACAGUAGAGUGACAAUUUUUUUUAAUCAAGAUUAUGGAAAUCAACAGUUAAAUAGUAAGACUGUUAGCAGUGAAGCAGUAUUGAGUAUCUGAGCGGAUGUUUUGCUUUAAAACGGCAGAGUUUUGAUCACAUGCUCUUGAUCAACAAAGUCACCUUUUAUCUGACUGAUAAACUUCUGCCAUUUCACUGGGUGUUCAAAAAGGUCUUUUAAGUCGAAUUUUUUUUGCAGCAUGUGCUUAAUUCAAGAUCUUUUGGUGGAUUAAAUCCCUAUUUGUCAGGAAUUACAUUAAGCACUUCAACAAGAUGUUUGGAUUAGAAGAAAGGGAGAACUCAAGAAGCUGGACUUCUGCCAGAUAAAUAGUCUGAUAUGUAAAUCUAAGAUCACAAUCUACACAUCUUGAUGUAUCAUCUUAGCCGCCACACUGAAAAGGCAAACGCAUAUUUGCACAUUAAUUUCAUUAAGAGUGUAAAGGGAAUAACAUCAUCUGUGUGUAAAAAAAACUUGCUCGAGUUGCUCCUGAGUCUGUGUCUCCAUGAUUGUUUGGACAGUAGUGUUAUAAUGUUGUUACAGUUACUGCUUCUUUAUAUACUUAACCCAUACAGCAAGUUAAACCCUUUUGACAAACAUGCAAACAGCCUUCUUGAGAACACUGCUAAAAGACAAUUUUAUACGUCACAUGUUUUCAUUCUUCUACAUGAGACGUGAGCUUGUGCUUCUUCCUGCUUGUUUAGCAUCCAAAACGGCUUUAUUACAUAAACUAAACUCACAUUAAUACUUUUGAAAUCAGCCUGUCUUGAAAACAUAAAAUACUUGGCCUAAAAUGCCACUCUGAUAUAUAAAUCUCUUUCUUCAGUAAUUGAAAUGGAUGCCUCCACAAAGCUCACUUAGAUCAAAGCCUUGAAGAUCACAAACCCAGCUCUCAAAGGGAAUAAGUCUGAAAAAUCAGAGUUGAACAAAUUAUGACAAAAGCUUUUACAAAAAUUUGAUAAUCUUACUGUCAAACCAUUAAACUCAGACAACAAAGAGAAAUGUUUUUUGUCAUGGUUGUAGCCUUUUGUUUCAAACACACAAUAAUAUAUAUAUAUAAAAAAGGAUGAUUCACUCAAAUCUGAAUUAGUUAUGUAUGUGAUGAUGUCUUUACUGAGACACAAGAAGUUGGAGUUUAAAGCAAACCUGCCUGUGCUCCCAAUUCUGAAUUAUUCAUACAGUAAAUACAAGCUUUUAUUGGCGUUUAUUUCACUGACCAUCAAGUCGUUAUGAAGAGAUUCUUUUUUAAUGGGAUAUAAAUGUUGAUGUAGCCUUUAGUGGCGUAACUAUUACUCCAUAUCAUUUCCCAAUCCAUCUGUAACAACACUGCAGGAGCGGAUGGAAACACAAGGUUAAAAGGCCAUUUCAGCCAUAAAACCUCAGUGAGUGUAGAGUUAGAAAACUUGACUACAACGUAUGACAUUUCAUAAUCCCACAAGAUGUUUUUAACACGCUUUGAUAUUUUCUUUUUGUUUCUGCCAGGAAUUAUUCAAAGAUGUACCCCAGUCAAGUAUCACUACACUUCAUCCAUCCUACCAAGAAAUUUACCUGUCAACAUCACCAAGACCAUACGACAGGACGAGUGGCACGCACUCCGUAAGUCUCUAAAGUGUUUUAUGGUUUGUGUUAGAGAUGCACUUAUCCUCUUUUCUUCCAAUACCUGGGCUGAGCAUAUUGGCCGAUAUCUGAUACCGAUCCAAUACUACUGUUGAAUGAAUGAACUGUAUACCUUGCCCUGUGAGUGAAGGCAUCAGGCUUGACAUUAGCCUUGUUGAAACACAGAUAUAAAUUUACUUAAUAUUAUUUGUCAACAAAUAACAAAUUGCACAUUAGCACACAGCAAAAAGAAGUAAGACUUUCAUGUAUUAAAAGAAAGGAAAAAAAGACUGGAUCGGAACACUGGAUCGGCGUCAUUCAUCAGAAAUCCGAUCCAGUUAAUUUGUCAAUAUCGGAGCCGAUAUCUGAUCCAGAUAUCGGAUCAGUACAUCCCUAGUUUGUGUUCACCCACUCUAUAUUUUUCUUUCUGCUGCUACUUUAAGCAAAGAGAGUUUUAAACAGACCCUCUAAUCUUUCUCUUUUUUUCAUAUCUUAAAAUAACUGUGAAUUCUGGCGUUCCCCAGGGCACAGUUUGGGGUCCUCGCUUAUUUUCACAGUGGGUUUUCCUUGAUUAUACUAUUCAGAAAAAAUCUCUAUUCCACAGGGAUCCUGAAAUAUUUCGGGUAUAAUUCACACCUUCCCAUUUUAAAGUUAGGAUUUUCCCCCUGCUGUUAUUUCUUUCAGUCAUCGUCUGAGCUUGAAGCAGUUUGUGUCUAAUAGUAUUAACCUCACACCUCACACAUUUUAUCUCAGUAACUAACUAAAUGAAAGUCUUUCAAUUGCUUGAAAUUUGUAUCUAACACUUUAUUAAGGGCACAGCUGCCUUCCUCGCCUAAAUUUAUCACCGACCUCAUAAGCCCCUCUCUCUUCAGUCCCGACUCAUGAGCAGAGGUUAUCAUCAGAUCAUCACUAUUAGCGAGCUGCUGGCUUUAGACAGGCUUAUGUGUGCACAUUAGGUCGGACAGUUCACUGUCUCCCCUAAAUCUCUGCUGGAUUGGCUUGUAGUUCUUAUUUAAUAGCUCUGCUCAAAGAGAUUAAAAAUGACAGAACGAAGGAGUUUGACCCUAUAUGGCAUUGGAAGUGAUUUUCUGUGUUUAACUUGUUUUGUAAUCUGAAGAGAGGUGUUGUUUUGUUAUUUUGAAACCACCAUGAUCGACUCUGUUUUAGACGUGCUGUGCCAAAAUACUUUUUAUUAAAGCUCCUACAUAACAAAGAGUUCCCUGUACUUCAAGAUAUGUUGAUACCACGGCCAAUCAUCCCAAUCUUAUCCUCUUUUUAUCUGGAUCUUUAAUUUCCAGAUUGUUUCUUUCAUUUUGAGGAAAUCUCUGUCAAAGACCUCUUAGAUUUGGUGCUGGCUGAAGAAAAGAUGUUUCAGAGCAGCCAACCAAUGUGAGGCGAUUUUUAGCUGAUUAUAAAACAGGCCGAGUUUGACCCUGAUGUGGAACAAAAAAUAUGUAGCAACUUAAACUUUUGUUGUUGCACUUAAAAAAAAAGAGGCAGAGACUUUUAUGUUUUAUUUUAAUAUUCCAAAAUAUGUUGUUGUUGAUAUGUUUUUCUGCAGAUUUUGACAUUUUUUCUUUGCAGUCAUCAUAUUUCACAGUUGCCCUUCAGGGCCACCAUAGUUGCCACUAUAUGACCCAAAAAGCAAAGGAAACCAUCAGCCUUUAAGAUUAAAGAAAGCUUCCAAAAAAAUGGUAAAAAUGAAAAAAGAUAAAAGUUUGAAAAAUAGAACAUAAAGUUAAUCACUUGUUUCUCUUUUCUUCAUAAAAAAGGCAGGAUACUUUUAUCUCUUAAGUCUUUAACUGGGUCAGAUUUUGUCGUUGCAUCUCAUCUUUCUGGUAAACAUUUCUGAUAAUAGAAGCACCUUCAAUCUAAGUUUUGGUCAAACAUAUUGAAGUAUGUUGGAUCAUGGAGACAGAGAUACCUGUUGUGCCACACGACAGAUGAUAAAAAUAAAAUGAGAAUGAUCAUCGUCCAGCUAAAUGACCGUUUCAUCUUCGUUCCAGCAUAUGAAGCGUUCAUACUUUGUCUGGUUGAACAUUAGUCUUCCCUGUUAGCUGUGUGUGACUUUCUAAGUUACUUGGUUUCAUCUCUGCCUGCAGAUCUCAGAAGAAUGACGGCCGGUUUUGUGGGCAUGGCCGUUUCCAUCAUCCUCUUCGGCUGGAUCAUCGGAGUGCUGGGAUGCUGCCAACAGCAUGACCUCAUGCAAUAUGUAGCUGGGCUACUCUUUCUCAUGGGAGGUACUGUGAGAGCUGAACACAUGCAAACACAAAAAUGCAGUCGACAAUCAGCUUUAUUCAGUCUUUGUCUUCAUAUGACAACAGCUGAGAGUUUGUUUGCUUGUCUAGUGUUAAUUCAUGGAUCAGUAUCAUGUAGUAACUUGAUGUUUGUCCUCCAGAAAGAUUCACAGCAGAUGUAGGAACUUGAUAAAUAAAUCAUUUUAAGGCACUUCUUGUCUCUUGUGCUCUCACAGGAACAUGCUGCAUCAUCUCCUUGUGCACAUGUGUGGCAGGAAUCAACUUUGAGUUAUCCCGCUACCCCCGUUACAUGUACGGCCUCCCCGAGGACAUUAGCCAUGGCUAUGGCUGGUCCAUGUUUUGUGCCUGGGGGGGCCUCGGCCUCACGUUGCUGGCCGGCUUCCUCUGCACCUUGGCCCCCUCUCUGAGCACGCCGGCUCGCACGACGACCCACAAGCCGAGGCAAGAGAACGGAACCGUGUGACAGCGGCGUGGUGAGGCGACUGACCCACAGAACGCACAAAGCACACCCUUCCGACCUUGAUGUUUGACUGAAACAGUUUUAUGUCCGAUCACCACUCACACCACCCUCAACAUCGCCAUCCCCCGUCAGUGUUCAGUGUGCCUGAGGAAGAGCAGAACAACAACACACACCUAAAGUAGGACGUCCAGGAACAUGAAGAGUGACACCUGCAGUGAUGUUUGGCAGAGGCACAGAGCUCAUAGCACAAAUAAGACUUUUGUUUUCGGUUCAGAUGUUCGACAUGCUGACUUUAUGGCGAUCUUGAGGUGACUGUCUUCUCAGAAGAGAAUUUGUCUUAAAAAUGGUGCUCUCUGAAACACAUGCACUCCAACAUGGCACACACACGCACUCACACACACCAGCACAUGCUCAAUUACUCUGAAUGAAUCAUGGGAGCAAUCCUCCAAGAGAAACAAACAAGAAAAACAUCCGACCAGAGCAUCAUGUCAGCAUUCCUCUCUCAGUCAAGUGAUGUGUGCUGUGUUCUUGUUUGUAAUAAGAAAAAAAAAUCUGUCAUCGACAGCCCGUUGCUUGUCUUUAGUGUUGCACACUAAAUGAUAUGAAACAUGAGCCCCGGGGGGAAGCCUCUCUGCAGCCUCUUUACAGCACAAAGUGCAUGGAGCUGCGUGGUCAGUAUAGGCUAAAAACACACCGAAGUAAUUUUACAUCGAAAAGCAAAACACUCUUUAAAGACUCUCUAUGUACAAAAGCAUCUCAGUGUUGAUACAGAUCAUUGUUUGUGUAAAGUAGACUUUGAACAAGAGCGUUUGUUUUCUGUUUGUAGAGAAGUGAUGGUGGCUGACAGACAGAGUGGAGGGGAUUCAGUUACAGUGAGGUGCUGGCUGCUGCAUAAAUCCAUGAGAGGGUUCAGCAUCAUGGAGGUAUUUAGUGGCAACAAUCCAACAGAGCUGCUGCUGCUGCUGCGGGUGUCUGCUUACGUCUAAAUCAUAAUCCGACAAAAGCAAAAAUCAAACUAACGGAUUUCACGGCUCUGUUAUUUACUCUUAAUAUGGCCUUUUCAUGGAGGAAACAGGAAACUGCAGGUCAAGCAGUUUUUGAAGAAAAACAGCAAAGUCAGUGAUUUCACUGGAAAGAGAAGCACAAGCUGCGGUCCAAACCCUCGCCUGCAGUAAAUUAACCUGGUUUGAGAAAAAUAAAAAUAAAACAACUGUAAUUAAUAUCAAUGAUAUGAGCGUCCCACUGAUGUUUAUUGCAUAACCGCAUAUAACAAACUGGACAAAAUUCAGAGUAAGAUAAUUUAAAAAAAAAGGAAUUCAUGAAACAUUUUUAUUGCAACGUGUUGUGUGAAAAAUGGGACAUCCCAAAUCCACGAUUUUAUGAAGAUAAAAAUCAUAACUUUUCUCAUCUCUUGAUCGGUACAGUAGAUACUUAUUGUGUGCUAAAUUAUGAUUACAAAAUGAUGCAGUGCGUACUUUAUAGUUAGAGGUAGUAACUUAGAAAUUACAUUUUUCUCUUGUCUAAUAUUUGGAUUAAAAGUGCCCCUAAAUUCAUUAAAAAAAAAAAAGUAAUUUGACAAAAAGUAAUUUAGAGAAGUCCUAGAUAAUAGGGACGUUUGUUAAAAAAAACUGUACUCACUGUUUAUAAAUUUUAGUUUUAAAUUCAAGGUGAAGAGGCGAACCUUUGUAUCCUGGUAUAUUAGCAGGAAUUGGGAUUAAAUACUGACAGAAAUUACAGAUUAAAUUAAAGCACAGAGAGACAGUCCAACACUUUAAGACUACCUGACAAGCAUCGUCAUUGACAGUCAGCGUCGGGAUAUCAAAAGAUGAAACAGGGUGGUUCAGGCCUGAGUCAGCACAAAUCGUUUGUUACUGGAAAGGAAAGAAAGGUGAUGAGAAAAAAAAAAUGCACGAUUUGUGCAAAAAAUGACUGAUUUUUCCAUCUCAUCUCAUCUUUAAUUGUGGUGCUUUUACACAUGGAGAGUAACAAUAGGAAGUUUACCGUCCGUGGGAUUUGGGGUCACUACUGAACGACUUGACUUUUUAAAGUUGUACACAAAUGUGCGGGAAGUAGAGAGCUGUUGAACACGACUUUAUCCCUGACAGGACCUGUAGUUUUCAAAACUGAAAGUGCAAUUUCAAAUCAGCACUGGAGUAUCAUGAGAUAUUCUCCUGGAAAUGUAUGUCGGCUGUGUGAGUCGGUAAGCAACACUGUUUUUUGUGUCUGAGCGGGCCAUAUGUGAGGAUUUAAAUCCGAGUGUUGCUGGUGUUACUGUGGUUUGAUUGAUGGAGGGGGUGGGGUGGGGGUCUUUAUGUGACAAAACUUAUGGAUGAAAAUAACUUACAUCAGCUAGUUUUCUGUUAUUUCCUCCGAGUCAUGAGUUUUUUGUUUUGUUUUUGUUUGUUUUUUUACAUUUCAAGCUCACUACAAGUCCAUAAUCCAAGAAUAUAACAGCCAUGUGUGUUGAAGUUUUUAUAAAUGUUGAUACUGGAGACGAGUCAUGAGAUAUUCAAUCAGUUCUGUCAAAUAACUUUCUUAGAAAAAAAAGGUGUUAUAAUGUGUAUUGACAACACUGUGUGUGAUGUUCAGUCCUCUCUCACCAUCACCAUGAACCUCCUCAGGGGGUUCACCACUUUACUGAAGUCGAGGAACUUUACCGAGGCAUGAUUGAAAACCGUAUCUUCAGUGUCUUGUUAAAUCUUUGCACUUGGCUGGGUCUCAAAACAGUCUGUGAACCUGAAGUCUGAGCAGGUGAAGUUUUACAUUUUAUGUUUGCAAGGCCACAAAAAGGGGGCAAAAGAUGACCAGAGCAUGAAAUAAGCACCCUGUUGUGUCUUUUACAAACAGUCUGGGUUUAUACCAUGUUGUGUGUUUAGGGUCAGUCGGUCCAGGCUCUUACUGUAAAAAUAUUUAUGCCAGAAUCAAGGACAUACCAUAAAUAUAAGAUCGUUUAUAUCUAUGGUCAGUACACAAACUAAGAGUCAGUGUACUCUCUGAUGUCCUGCGACUCACAAAAUGCUGUUUGGUGUUUUGGUUUUAUGGAGUUUUAAGUUUACACCCAAACUGAUGUGCAGUAAUGUAAGUAUUACUGUGCACGGGUAAAAUGUAAUGUAAAAGUUCAUGGUGCAAGUAUAAUGUGUUGUUAGGAUUGAAGCACAAUUGCACAACUCUUUAGAAGUUUUUCGUGUAUACUGGUUGGGAAAAUCAGACUUUCCCAGUGCCACUGAAAGUAUUACAAGCAAAAGAAUUCAAAGCACAUAUUUACAAAAAGGUCAAUCUCAACAACACCAGAUGAUUAGUUUGUUUAUUUUUAUCCAAGAUUUAUAACUGAUUCAAUUGAGUUCCUAUACUGAAGAACAGUAGCACACAGUAGCAAGACGUACAAAUCAAUGAAAACAAUGUGCUCAAGAGAACAAAUGAGGUCGGCACAGUGUAACAGUGUAUUUAAAAUUGAUGUUAAAUCCCUGCAAGUGGAAACUUCCUGUGUGUCAUGGGAAACUCAGAAAUGUACUCUGUGCAACGAGAGGUGCCCGGUAAAAACGCCACCGUUUCGAGUGGCACAUGUUUCAGUAGCACAGCUAUUAUUUUCUACAACUCAUUUAUACUGGUUCAAUCCACUGCAGAUGUUAUGUGGGGACUAUAAAGACAUGACUGUCUUGCAUGAUCUCAUUACAGUUAGUUUCUUUCAAUAUAUGAAAACUUGUGUCCAUUUUUAAUUAAUUUAUUUUACUGAAAUAAAAUAUGUAAUUAUUAA